GCUUGCGUAUUUUUAGAAAAAUAACAUUCUCAAAGGACUGAACCGAACCUAACUCAUCAACCGUUUGUUAAACACUCCUUUGAAAUUUUGGGUUGAUUGAGAAAGCCAAUGGCUGCUGGGACGUCUUUCUUGAGGCAAUGUGUAGCUACGACUACAAGAACAUUGGUGACUGCGAAAUUGAAACAUUCCAGCUACCAUUUCUCGACUUUUCUCCUCCCACUUCGCACUCACUCUCGAAGAUUGACCAUUCGUGCUGGUAUUACAAACAAUGAAGAAGUUGCUGCUAAAGCCGCUGCAUCUGAUGCAGACAGUGGAGCUCCAACCAUAUUUGACAAAAUAAUAUCCAAGGAAAUUUCUUCGAACAUUGUCUAUGAGGAUGAUAAAGUCCUUGCAUUUCGAGACAUAAAUCCGCAGGCUCCCGUUCAUGUAUUAAUCAUUCCAAAGCUCAGAGAUGGAUUGACAGAGCUGGGAAAGGCUGAAGCAAGACAUGGAGAAAUUCUGGGUCGGCUGCUGUAUGCAGCCAAAAUAGUGGCUGAAAAAGAAGGUAUUGUUGAAGGAUUUCGAGUAGUCAUCAACAGUGGUGCAAGUGCUUGUCAAUCUGUGUAUCAUCUUCACUUGCAUGUUUUGGGAGGGAGACAGAUGAAGUGGCCUCCAGGUUGAAGGCAACCACAUUUUUUGUAAUGUAAUUAUAGGUAAAACUCUUUUUGAUAUGUUUUUUUUACUUGUAUCUGCAUUCAGUGAGUGAGAACUGAGAAAAAUAAAGGACAACGUUGACUUCUGCAGAUGUGAAUCAAACUCAAUGGGCGUAUCCGAUUAUUAUAUUUAUAACAGCCCAAUUAGUGUUUCAAA